CUACUUCAAUAUCACCAACUUAUUAUUCAUUCCACUCGCUCAAGUUCUCAACCUCACAUCGAGCCUUGUUAAGUCUUUUUAUUUAUUUAUUUUUUCUUCACAAAGACGACAAUGGCUUCUAAUGCCUUAAUGAGUUGCGGUAUCGCCGCCGUGUUCCCCUCUUCUCUCUCGUCUUCUAAGUCUAAGUUUGCCGCCUCGGUACCGUUGGCAAAUGUGUCGUGCAAUGCCUCUUCUCGCUUCACUAUGUCCGCAGAAUGGAUGCCCGGUCAACCAAGGCCUCCCUACCUUGAUGGAUCAGCUCCUGGUGACUUUGGAUUUGACCCACUUCGGCUUGGAGAAGUUCCAGAGAAUCUAGAGAGGUUUAAGGAAUCAGAGCUCAUCCAUUGCAGAUGGGCAAUGCUUGCAGUACCAGGGAUCCUUGUACCCGAAGCAUUGGGAUUAGGAAACUGGGUAAAAGCUCAAGAAUGGGCUGCUGUUCCAGGAGGUCAAGCAACCUACUUAGGCAACCCUGUUCCAUGGGGUAACCUUCCUACAAUUUUGGCAAUCGAGUUUUUAGCUAUCGCAUUCGUAGAGCACCAAAGGAGUAUGGAGAAAGACACCGAGAAGAAGAAGUACCCUGGUGGAGCUUUCGAUCCCUUGGGUUACUCUAAGGACCCUAAGAAGUUCGAGGAGUUGAAGGUUAAAGAGAUUAAAAACGGCCGUCUUGCAUUGUUGGCUUUCGUGGGUUUCUGCGUUCAACAAUCAGCUUAUCCCGGAACAGGUCCAUUGGAAAACUUGGCUACUCACUUGGCUGAUCCAUGGCACAACAACAUCGGCGACAUCAUUGUUCCCAGAUCACUUUAAAUUAUACCUUGAAUGUACAACCAAUAUCAAGAACUAUACAUGCUGUAAAAAUCCCUUGCAUUUAUAAUGAUAUCUGUAAGUUGUACGAUCAAGGUGUGUAACUCUAGAAGAAUGUUUAUGAGAAAAUACAAUUUGGAGGAUGAGCUGUUUGUAAUAUGCUUGCAAUAAUGUGCUGGACAUCUAAUUCACUAAGAAAGAAGAACCCAAAAAGAGAUUGCUAGUGACCA